GAUAUACUCGGUUCUUAUAUGACCUUAGGGUACUAGAAUUCGCGUCAUUCUUUCCGUCCCAACGCUUCUCACAGCUCUAGCCCUGUACUUCGCAGUCGAGCUCGCUCUCCGCUCCGCACACAAAAUAUUUAAUCCUACGUUCUACGCAAAAGAAAUCUCCCUACAAAAAGACAAUGCUUACUUCGCAUUCUUAAUUGGCUGGCUCAUAACCCUCUGCUCCACACCGAUAUGCCUCGCAGCAUCUUCCAUCUCAGGUCCACUAUCAAGCAAUGCCCCCGGUCAAAUCUGCAUUCUCUCCCGAGGAACACUUUGGGCAUCUGAGUUCAGCCGUCUUUCUCAUUCUCCUUGGUACAUAUAUCAUCACUUUGCCGCUCUCGCGGAAUUGGUCUACCAUCUUUCCACGCCUAGUCUGCCGAUGGAACCCGUAUACAUAAUCUAUGCCAGUCUUGCUACCGAAUUGUUUAGCUCUGCGAGCUG